AAAAAUAAUUCGAUCUUUGUAGGACUCAAACAUCUUUUUAUAACCAUGCACAUUAAGAUCCCGAUAUUGCUCCGACUCUCCUCUGCUUUUGAGAGUGUGGCGUCUGUCUUCCUUAACCAAAGCUUCCGAAUAAGAUGGAUUUUGCAUCUUGCGCGAUUUUUAAGAGCCGAAGCAGAACAGUUCCGAAUUCUCUUUUAUUGAUGCGAACACAAAGAAAUUAUUACAAAGAACAGGGAUAAUACGAGUCUUGAUGUCAUACCAUGAGCACUGCACGUAUCUGAGUGAGGAAGGAGACGAUGGCCGUGGAUGUGCUUGUCGAGCUCAUACCGACACCAUCUCUCCUUUAAUUGGAAGCAUGACGCACGGCACAGCAGAGACCCCCCUCCAUGGCCGGUCAACAAGGCAAACAAGAGCUACUGCGGCUUCGGUUCCCUCUGUGAUGUCCAAAGGGAUACCCUGGGCUCCAGUUUCUGCGGCUCUCGCUUUAGAAUGUGUGGAGGUGAGCGGCAGACAACGGCCGCGCUCGUACGGUAGGGACAACCAUACAUGCUGUCCAAUCACUGGAGCAGAUGGUGCAUAUGGACUGUAGCUGAAGGAAACAACUCCAUGGAGAUAAGGCCAUGCAUAGUUAGUUAAUGGCUUGGCUAACCCUCAGAUGUAUUGCAUUUACCACUUGAUUUGGAGUUGCAGUCCAUGUUCUCCUCUUUCAUUGGCAAAUACAUAGAUGGCAUGAAGGAUGAGGCAACCGAAGACAGCUUUUCUCCGACACAUUCCGUGUCGAGAGCUGAGAGAAGAACGCUCACGUUCGACAGCAACUGCAUUUAUAUCUUGAGACCAGCCCAUUAAUGUGCAUCGCUUCUUCAGGCAGCAGCAGGACCAAAGAAGGUUCGGCAGGUCAUUGCCUGGCUUGUGUUGCUGAUGUUUUCAUCAUGAAAUCGUCGUCUUCCUCGUCGGUCUUACGGAGAUGACAAAGUGACGAUGACCGAACCUAAUUAAACGCCUUCCUGCUGUUGAAGAGAUAGCGAUCUUGAUAUUUGGGAUUCCCGCACAGUGCGUGUGCAGCGUUCUCCACAUGAUCCUAUGCUGAGCACACCGUUCUCAUUGGAUAACAAACAUGAGGAUCUAAGCAUUAUUUUGUGGGUCUCUCUCCGUCCAGAAUCCUCAACAGUGCAAUACUGUUGAUCAUAAGACCCACAGCCAUUGAAAAACCACCAUGCCAAUAACCUCACUUGGCCUCCAGUAUUCUUUAAGAACCAUCACUCGCAUCUACUAUGCAGGAGUCAACACCUGCAUGCCUUCCCAAGCAUGAAUCACCUCCAGGAGAAGUCAUUCGACAGCUGGAAUGAAUCCGACGACCUCGACGUGUUCGAGGCGACGCGGUACUUCUCCGGUGCAAUCGAUGGCACGGGCCUGCAGGUAGGUGGAUUUGGCUCCCAUGGAGCUGUGACGGUCGAAGAUAGGGUGCCAAGCAGCGCGCGGAAGGGAAACUUAGAUGAGAGACAAAUAAGCAGCAGUUCCUCGCUGAUGAAAGACAAGAAGUGCAAGCAGCCCAGCUCUCCCGGUGCUAGGUUAGUCGGCCUACUCAACUCUUUCCUCCAUCAAGCGGCUUCCGGGAGGAAGCUCAAGUGUUUGAACCCCACCUCGACGACCAGAGAGCCACCGGAGGAGGGGGAUGCGAAGGAGGAGAAUAGCCUUGUGGGGAGAGAGAGAAGAAGAAGCAUCAGCCGUUCCCAAAGCACCAACAGCACUGGUUCCAAAUCCAGCAAGUUCUGUGGCAGCAGCAGCUUUACGAAUCCAGACUUGUAUCCAUACAAUUACCGUACUACUCCAUCGAUGAGUUACAAGUGCAACCGGGGCCAAAAAUCUGUCACCUUCUGCCCACGAAUCGAGGCAUGGAGAAGCACAAGCAUCACCGAGCUGCUGCACAACAGUGGAGUACAAAAGGAAAAGGAUUACGGACUCCACGGAAUUAGAACCGAGGAGAGAGAUGCGCAUGACAGGGAGAACAAAAAAUGGGUACUGAACGACCCCGGCGAUCAGUAUCCGGGAAGAGAUUGGUUCGGGGAUUAUGAUCUUCCAUUGCCAGGGGUAAGAAAGAACUCGAUCAGAGGGGAAGAAGAAGAGGAGGAGGAGGUGUCUGACUCCAGCUCCGAUCUGUUCGAGCUGAAGAUCUGUGAUCAUGCUGUGCUCUCGGACGGCUUGCCCGUCUUCGCAACUACAGACAUCGAAGUCAUCAACAGAGCAAGUACUGCAUCUUAGUUAGCCAUCUUGUUUCUCUCUCCCUCAUCUCUCCAACUCCUCUUCUCUGUAGAUUUGGUGUGAGACAUGAUGGAGUGGCUGGAGCUUUUGAUGUGAAGCAAUGGUGUUCCUUUCAAUAUUCACUACUUUUUGUUUA